UACGUUUGUUGCUUAGUGCUUACGGACAACUAACUGCCAAGAUAUCAACGUGGCCUGUUUUGGUUGGUGGUGAUAUGAUUUCUAAUAAUUUAUUUCUAUGAGAAAACGUUUGGCAGUUAGAUCGCUUUGCCAAGGAUGAGCCUGAGGUUCGCAUUCAUCGCCGGAGGGAUUUUCUCUCUUUACUGCCUCUUCGCCGUUCUGCAGGAAAAGCUCCUGAAAGGGACCUUUGGUGAAGAAAAGGAGCGUUUCACGUAUGUGCUUCCUCUUCUUUUAGUUGCUACGGUUUUCAAUUACUGCUACGCUGUAUUUAUGAAAAGGCUGAGCGACAGGACGACCGAGGACACGAAGAUCCCGACACUUUAUAUAACGUGUAUUUCGCUGACUUAUCUGUUGGCGAUGGUCACCUCGUUCAUGGCACUGCAGUGGGUGAGCUACCCGAUGCAAAUAGUCGCCAAGAGCGCCAAGCCGAUUCCCGUCAUGGUCAUGGGAGUGCUCAUCGGUCACAAGAGCUUCCCAUUGAGGAAAUACUUCAUAAUAAUCUUGAUCGUAUCAGGUGUAGCGCUCUUCUUGUACAGAGAGGACAAAGCAGUGAAUAUUGUAAAGACUUCGGAGAUGGUAGGUUUUGGCGAGAUCCUACUGUUCAUGUCGCUCCUCAUGGACGGGCUGACCAACUCAAUGCAGGAGAGAGUGAUGGCCAAGUACAAACCCAAAUCGGACCAGUUGAUGCUCGAGAUGAACAAGUGGUCGAUGCUCUACCUCGGAUUGAUGGUACUUGUGACUGGCGAGGGGAUGGAUUUCCUCAGCUUCGUACAGAGACACCCAAGCUCUAUACUCCAGAUAAUCAUGAUCUCAUUUUGCGGUGCUUUGGGUCAGUUCUUCAUAUAUCUGUGCUUGGUGGAGUACGGCACUCUCACCUGUUCUGUCAUUACGACCACAAGGAAGUUCUUCACCGUGUUUUCCUCUAUCAUCAUUUUCGGACAUGUCCUCAAGACCAGGCAGUGGGUUGGGAUAGUUUUUGUGUUUUUUGGUUUGUUUCUAGACAUAUAUUAUGGCAAAACGCCUAAAAAACAACUCGAAAAAAAAUAAACCUCAACUUUAUAGUGUGCUCUUACAAAUCAAAGGUGUCACAUUUGUAAGGCUACCUCAAAUUAGAAAUGUACAGAAGACUGUUCCAUUCAUAAAAUCAGUAAAUUUUAAUAUGUUUAACAUUUUAAUCACAAAUUUAUCCAACCAUUAUUAAAUAAUGGUAAUUAUGCAUAACAUAAAAUGUACCUUGAAGGAAUUAAAUUUAUAAUUUCUUGGCAUAUAGUGAA